AGUUCUCGCAAGGAUGGUCUCCCACUCAGAGCUGAGGAACCUCUUCUGCUCGGCUGACGCCGUCUGUUUUGACGUUGACAGCACUGUCAUCAGAGAGGAAGGGAUCGACGAGCUGGCCAAGUUCUGUGGCGUUGAGGAUGCUGUGUCGGAAAUGACACGUCGGGCCAUGGGUGGGGCAGUGCCUUUUAAGGCCGCACUCACCGAGCGCUUAGCGCUGAUCCAGCCCUCCCGGGAGCAGGUACAGAGGCUGUUAGCAGAGCACCCCCCCCACCUGACACCCGGGAUAAGGGAGCUGGUGAGUCGCCUGCAGGAGCGGAACGUGCAGGUGUUCCUAAUAUCGGGCGGCUUCCGGAGCAUUGUGGAGCACGUCGCCUCGAAGCUCAGCAUCCCAGCCACCAACGUGUUUGCCAACAGGCUCAAGUUCUACUUCAAUGGUGAAUAUGCAGGUUUUGAUGAGGCACAGCCAACAGCUGAAUCUGGCGGGAAAGGAAAAGUUAUUAAGCUUCUAAAAGAGAAAUAUCACUUUAAGAAGAUAGUCAUGAUUGGAGAUGGAGCCACGGACUUGGAAGCUUGCCCCCCCGCUGAUGUUUUCAUUGGAUUUGGAGGAAACGUGAUCAGACAACAAGUAAAGGACAAAGCCAAGUGGUAUAUCACCGAUUUUGUUGAGCUUCUGCGAGAACUGGAAGAAUAG